AUGGCUAGACCGAGAAGAUCUGCUACAAACCCUCCUUCUCCUGCUGACGUGAACCAAAUGGCUCACGCCAUGGAGGCCAUGGCAGCCACUGUUAGGCAGAGUCUAGAUAUGAUUCAGCAGCAGCAAGCUGCAAACCAAGCCGCUGCUGCAGCACAAGCAGCAGCAGCUACUGCCUCAGCUGCACCUCCUCCUGAAUACCAUGGUUUGUCAGAGUUCAAGAAGAAUGAUCCUCCUCAAUUCACGAGAGUGGAUGGACCAGAUGCUGCUGAACUCUGGAUUAGGGAGAUUGAGAAGAUCUUCCUAACUAUGGGUUGCGCCAAGGAGAGGAAGGUGUUAUAUGCUACUUAUAUGCUGACAGAGGAUGCAGAGAUGUGGUGGCACGGAGCUCGUGCUAUGCUGGAAGCCCGAGGUGAAGUCAUCACUUGGGCUAUAUUUAGAAGUAUUUUUCUGGGAAAGUUUUUCCCUUCCCAUGUUCGUGCUGCCAAAGAGCGGGAGUUUCUAAACUUGGUGCAAGGAAACUCAUCAGUCUAUGAGUAUGCAAUACAGUUUGAGCGGCUUUACAGAUUUUAUUCUCACCCGACCUCGGAGGAGUGGAGAUGUCAGAGGUUUUCAGACGGGCUGAGAACUGACAUAAAGAGGAUUUUGAUCCCACUUAGGAUCACGGAAUUUGCUGACUUGGUGGAUCAAGCCACCAUUAUAGAGAGUCUUAAUGCAGAGGAUGUUGGUGGAGUUGGGAAGGCUCCAUCUAGUAGAGCUGCUAGUAGCUAUGGUAAUGGAAGUAAGGGUGCUAAGAAGGGCCCCUACAGUCGGUCGCUACGCCAACAGCAAUCUCGACCAUCUCAGUCGAGAGGAUUGGCAGCAUCAGCCCCGGUGCCAAUAGGGACUGCUACUUCUACAUUUCAGCCUAGGGGAGCAACUUCUUCCAUCCCUAGAGCCUCAGUGCCGCAGAUUGUUAGAUGUUUCAUAUGUGGUGGGCCACACUACCUGAGCCAGUGCCCACAGACUGAUGUCAGAGUUUGCUUCUCAUGCCUGCAGCCAGGGCAUCUUGCUAGGGACUGUCCUACGCCUAGUGGGGCAGUUUCGUCUUCUGCUAGCGCCUUGCACGCUAUGAGACCUAAAGCGACUAGAGCUCCGACGAGAAUUAGAUCGAGAGCAGAGGGACGUGUAUUCACUACUUCUGCAUCAGAGGCAACCCAGGCGACAAAUCUCGUUCAGGGGACAGCAGUAGUGGCAGGUACUUCUCUUUCUGUAUUGUUUGAUUUUGGAGCCACGCACUCUUUUAUUGCGGACAUUUGUGUGAGAACCUUAGGGUUACCAGUGAGCGAUCUAGGAUGUGAAUUGGUAGUAUCGACACCUACUUUAAGUUCGAUUAAGACUUCAAUGGUUUGUGUUAGGUGUCCGAUAGUAAUUGAGGGACAAAAGUACAAAGUAAACCUUAUUUGUAUCCCAAUGUCAGGGUUAGAUGUAAUCCUGGGUAUGGAUUGA